AUGAGUUCGUCGAAUAGCGAUGUUUACGAGUUUCCGGAAGACAACAAAAUUGUGCAAACAAAUUUGGCCGAUUACACUACCGAACUACUCGAUGGGAACAGUUCAACGACAAAAAGCACGAUUUCAGACGACCCACCUAAUCAAUUGUUUCUGACAUCCCUGCUAUCAGUUGGCUCUGCGGCUUUUUUCCUGACAUUAUCUGCUUCGGUUGUUCGCUUCUCUCCGUUUCUCGGUUCCAUACUUUCGAUUUCUAUUAUCCUUAUAUUCAGAGAAUGGAACAGAAUAUAUGGAGGACUUUUGACUCCGCGGCUCAAAGCUUCCAUCAACUAUUCAACCGUACUAAAAGAUAACAAAGAGUAUAUUCCUUUCUAUGACAUGGACUGGCUGUUUGGGGGCAAGUACAAACCAUACUGUUACGGUUGUACAGGCCCUGCUAUCAAUCCUGAUAUGUGUAGGACACCUGAUGAUCCCGACAGCCGUUCUCCAACAAAGGAAAGAAACGAGGGAGAGAAACUGAUGAAAAAUAGCUGA